AACUCUCCGAACGAGUAUCUCAGUAGCUGUAUAGAUCUUUCAACAAGAACAAUACACAGCUAGAGAGCAGGAUUGCAUUACUCCAGCGUCUGAUCUGAUGUCUGCUGGAGAAGCCAGUCUGGUCAUGCGGAUUGCUACAUAACAUUUUCUAUUUGAUGCUGAUACGUGACAUCAUAUCCUUAGCGAGCAAACAGGAAAAUGCUUUCGCGUGCUUAAACAGGGGAUUUACCACUUCCUCUACUGAUACCUUUUACUUUCUGCUGAAGUGAAAGACGGAAUUGUGUUCAGAUCAGCUUCGAUUAUUCUCGGUGGUCUGACAAGACUUAGAAGGUAUAGUCACGUGAAGAAAGGGAGAAGUAAAACAUACGUAUUUGACAGCCUUGAUUUGACUUAUUUAUUAGCGCUUACACAGUCCAGAUCCGAAAAUGGAGAGUUCGAACGCCAGUGUCUGUGUGGUCAACGACAACAUGGUGCCCUUCGCCACAGUCUACAUCCUCAUCUUCCUGAUUGGAAUGGCUGCCAGCCUGGUGGCGCUAUGGGCCUUCAUAACCAGCCGAAGUGCUAAAAAGUGCAUUAAUGUUUACCUCAUCAAUCUCCUGACGUCCGACUUCCUCCUCAUGUUGGCAUUACCUGUCAAGAUUGCCAAAGACCUGGGCAAUGAUUCUCUGAGUUUGACCAUCUUUCUCUGCCGAGUGAGUGCGCCGCUCAUCUACAUCAACAUGUACGCGUCUGUCAUCUUUCUAGCUUUUGUUAGCGUGCAGCGCUACCUCCAGAUCACCCGCAGCUCCAAGCUGCUCCGACUGCAGGAAGUGGGCUUUGCGGUGCUGAUGUCUUCGGUGGUCUGGUUCCUCGUGCUCUUCAUCAACGUGCCCAACAUGGCCAUCCCUAUCAAAGAAAACGUUGAAUACAAAGUUGGCCUGACGUGUUCAGACUUAAAAGAUGAUUUCGCCAAGCAUUGGCACGCAUUGUCUGUGUUUCUGGGCAUGGCCAUCUUCUUCAACUCCUCGGUAGCGGUGCUGUUGUCCAACGGCCUGGUCUUGAAGCGGCUCUGGGGUCGGCGUGAAUCUGACCCCGAGGAACAGGCUAGUGCCCAACAUGCCUUCAUAAACAUUGCAUUGGUGACCUUGGCAUACGUGGUGUGCUUCGUGCCGUACCAUGCUGUGCGUAUGCCGUACACAUUUACGCAGAUAGAGGUCAUCACCGAAUGCACAUUAAGGAAGAAUCUGUUCCUGGCUAAAGAGUCGACUCUGCUUCUUGCCAUCCUGCACCUGUGCUUCGAUCCAGUGCUGUACUUUGUCAUCUGCCGUGCAUUCAGGCAACAGAUCACGAAGGCCUUCUCAAAGAGAGGCAGCGUUCCGACCGCAGACACAGAGUGAAAAUUCAGCCGGAGGAGAGUUAUGGACCAAGUAUUAGUGCAAAAUAAUUUGCUGAAUGUCAAUGUAGUGUAAAGAAAGAGUUUCUUAAAGAACUGUGGAUUAGUAAUGUAGGAAAAGCUACAAGAAAAAAGAAAAAAAAAUCAACAAAGCAGACUGAAGCCUGUGGAAAAAGAAUGGACAAAGACCUAUUUGAGAGAAAAAAAAAAAGUCAGUUAAAAAAGCUGUGGCAAUACUAGUUGAUAAGAAUUUUGUAUGUAUGUAAACAUAACUAAAUCUACAGAAGAUGUACUGUACAAUGAUGCUCAGAGGUGUUUAAUUGUACUUAUAUACAAAAAGGACCAAGAGCCAGGACUCGGACUUCCACCAUCACAAGGACAACCGCACCUCAAGCAUGAAAUUGACUAUGUUUUCGUUUUAUUUAUUUUUCAUUCAGUGUGAAAUUGUUUGUAUAAGUUGUAUUCCAUAUCCCAAAUUCAUAAUGACAAUCAAUAAAUAGACCUUUUUCACAUUUACGGGUUUCUCAGCAGCG